GUAUUUCUAAAACCCUGCACUGUUGCAACAUAUAUCCGCUAAAAUUACUGGCCGCCUCCCUCCGGCUAAACUCACCGCCACCGCCGAAGAUGGCAGCCAUACCCCUCCUUCGACUCUCCUUGUCACCACCACCACCACAAACAAUUCAUCGGUCAAGUAUCUUGGUUCACCCUCUUAGAUCAAGCAUCCUAUCGCCUUCAUCACCACAAUCACUGUCACUCCGCUUGAAUUCCGCCGCCCAACCACGGAGGCGCACGACGAUCUCAGCGUCUCACAACACAACGCCAGUCACCGACCGAUUAAUUUCAGCCGCCGCGUACUUUUUCCCCUUCUUCAACGGUCUUCAAUACGGCCGUUUCCUCUUCGCCCAGUACCCCAAAACCCUAGGGCUUGCGAUUGAGCCAUUACUACCUUUACUCUCAGUCUAUCGUUCAAUUCCUUAUUCCAGCUACCUCGCAUUUCUCUUGCUAUACAUCGGCGUAGUUCGUAACACGAAUGUCAGCCGUUACGCUCGUUUCAAUGCGAUGCAGGCGGUAAUACUUGAUGUUUUGUUGGUUAUACCCUUGUUGGUUCAGCGGAUUUUCAAUCCAGGACCUCAUGGAAUUGGGGGAAAGAUGGUGAUGAUGAGCCACAACGCGAUUUUUGUGUUCGUCGUUGUUUGCUUUGUUUAUAGCACUGUGUUUUCGGUUUUGGGAAGAACUCCGAAAUUGCCUUUUGUUGCUGAUGCUGCUGGCAGGCAAUUUUGAAGAUUCAGUUCAACAAAUUCUGUACGUUUUAGUUUGUUUAGUUGCAUUUCUUGUUUUGGGAUUCAAAUCAAUAAUUGCAUUUCUUUGAAUUUGAUUCGCCAUAAUUUGUUGA